UUCAUCUGCAAAGCACCUUUGGUAUGAAACAGCAGAUUUGAAUUUCUGAAUCGAUUAGCUUAAAAAGUGAUAGCAAUAGGAUCCUCCAAUGGCAGUUAGAAGAAGAAACGCGCUUAUUCUCAUAAGCACUUUUUCAACCAAUUUCUCCACCAUUUCUCAUCAUCAUCAUCACACAUCUCAUUACAGAAAACAAAUCUCCCUCGCUAAUCUCUUCCAAUCCUUCGGUUUCCCCUCCUCCAACCUUCACCAUUUCCUCUCUCAUAACCCAUUCCUUUUCAACUCCGAUCCAUCACACCUUCGCAAAUCACUCUCCACUCUCUUUUCCUUCCGAAUCCCACAGAAAACCCUAAUUUCACUCGUUCACGAUUGCCCUUCUGUCUUAGAACCCCAAUUUCUACACAAUUGGGAAUCAGCUUUUCCAAAAUUCAAAUCCAACGCUUUCAACCCUUCCCCGCUGAUGAUCGCGAACUUGUUGCGAUGUUCUAGAAAGUUCCAUUUAAAUCCCCUUCAACUCUCGCAAAAAGUUGAGAUUUUUAAGGGUUUAGGGUUUUCCGACAAUGUUACAGCUAGGGUUUUGGAAGAAUUUCCCAGCGCGGUUGUAAUGACUGAGGAUAAAAUUGCUGGGGUAAUUGAUUUUCUUGUGGAAUUCGGUGUUCCUCGAGAUGAAAUCGAUAGGGUUGUUAGAUUGUAUCCUAGGGUUUUGGGAUUUGGAGUUGAAGAUAGGUUGAAGCCGCUGAUUCAUGAGAUGAGGGGGUUGGGAUUUUCUCGACGGGAGAUUAAGGCGGAGGUUGUUAGGGAUCCGGGUAUUCUAGGAAUGGAGAUCGGGGAGUUUUCGCGGUGUUUGAAGCUGUUACAGAGUUUGAAAUGCAGGGAGGCAGUUAAAGAGAGUAUUUUGGGGGAUGGUUUGGUUAGAGCUUGUUUUGGAGUGAAAUUAAGAGUCGAUUGUUUGUGCUGUCACGGGUUGAUUCGUAGGGAUGCUUUGAAGGUGUUAUGGAAGGAACCGAGGUUGAUGAGUUACGAGUUGGAGGAUAUUGAGAAGAAGAUUGAGUUUUUAGUUCAAAGGAUGAAGUAUGGUGUUGAAUGUUUGCAUGAAGUUCCUGAAUAUUUGGGUGUGAAUUUUGAGAAACAGAUUGUUCCUAGAUACAAUGUGAUUGAGUAUUUGAAAGGAAAAGGUGCAAUUGGCUUUGAAGUUGGAUUGAAGGAUAUUAUCAAACCAACUAGGCUUAGGUUUUAUAAUCUUUAUGUUAAGCCUUAUCCAGAAUGUGAAAAAAUAUAUGGCAGAUUUUCGGGGAAGGUUGAAGUUAAAAGAAAGCAUCCUGAUGGACUUUGGAAGCUGUUCAAACCGAAGAAGUUCUCUCUAACCAGUAAAGAUGUGAAGAACAUGAAGGCUUUCAUGGACUCCUCACUGGUGUAGUGGUUUGAUUUGAUGAAUGUAUAUUGUUAGUUGGACUUGGAUGAAUGGUCCAUAACAGGUUUUGUGUUAAUACCUAGUGAUUUAACAAUGAUUCUUUUAUUUGUUGAUGAAAUUAACCAAUUGUUGGGAAAUAUUUAUCAUCAUAUUGUAAUGCUAAAGGAACACAUGCUGACAGAGUUAGUUACUCAUAAAAAUUAGUCAUAUGUGGCUACUUUUAUAGCUUUCAAAUGCUGAAACAGGAUAUAAGAAGGGAGCAAGAUUAUGUUGUGGGAAUAAGUAUUUGAAAUUGAAA